GUGCGCCGCGGGUCUCCAGGGGCAACAGCACGCGCACACGCACGCGCACGCACGCGCACGGAAGCGACAGACCGGAGGAGGUGAGAGAGGGAAGCAGGUGACCUGCUGUUACCUGCCUGCGUCUCUGGCGACGGAGAGAAGGAGAGAGAAGAGAGAGAGAGGAGAGAAGGAGAGAAGAGAAGAGAGAGAGAGAGCUGGGACUCGGUCGAAGAUCGUCAAGUGCGAAGGAGGACGACGACGCGUCACGCGGUGCUGUUCGCUCGGGGGUCGCUCUCCUGUUCAUUCCCACCGCAGUGUGUGUGUGUGUGUGUGUGUGUGUGUGUGUGUGUGUGUGUGUGUUUGUGUGUGUGAGUGUGUGUGUGUGUGUUCGGGGGGGAGGAGGAGGAGGAGGAGGCAGCGGGCAGGAUGGCUCAGUGUCCCGCCGCAUGUUGAACCGACCGCCUCGUCGUCCUCCGCGGGUGAAGGAGCCGAGUGACCAUGAAGGACACGAGCGAAUCAAAGGAGCAUCAACUUACCGUUGCCUUGAGGAUCCGACCCCUCAGCGAUGCUGAGCAGGAGGAGGCGGCUACGACCGUGGCCCACCGACUGGACGACCAGAUGGUGGUUCUGAUGGACCCCAUGGAGGACCCGGACGACAUCCUGCGUGCCAACCGCUCCCGGGAGAAGACUUACAUGUUCGACGUGGCGUUCGACUACUCGGCCAGCCAGGACGAGGUGUACCGAGCUACAACCAAAGGGCUGAUCGAGGGCCUCAUAUCAGGCUACAAUGCCACUGUAUUUGCCUACGGACCCACAGGUUGUGGGAAGACGUACACCAUGCUGGGGACAGACAAGGAGCCGGGCAUCUACGUGCGAACCUUAAACGACCUGUUCCGUGCCAUCGAGGAGACCAGCGACGACAUGCUGUACAGCGUCUCCAUGUCCUACCUGGAGAUCUACAACGAAAUGAUCCGUGACCUGCUGAACCCGUCCUCGGGCUUUUUGGACCUGCGAGAAGACUCCAAGGGAGUGAUCCAGGUCGCCGGCAUCACCGAGGUGUCUACCAUCAAUGCCCAAGAGAUCAUGGAAUUGCUGAUGAGGGGGAACAAGCAGCGCACCCAGGAGCCCACGGCCGCCAAUCAGACGUCGUCGCGCUCCCACGCCGUGCUGCAGGUCGCCGUCAAGCAGCAGAGCCGCUGUCGAGACGUCCUGCAGGAGGUCCGCUUCGCGCGCCUCUUCAUGAUCGACCUCGCGGGCUCUGAGCGAGCGGCACAGACUCAGAACAGGGGUCAGCGGUUGAAAGAGGGGGCGCACAUCAACCGCUCCCUCCUGGCCUUGGGCAACUGCAUCAACGCCCUGAGCGACAAAAAUGGCCACAAGUACGUCAACUACCGAGACAGCAAGUUGACUCGUCUACUAAAGGACUCGCUGGGCGGGAACAGCCGAACCGUCAUGAUAGCCCACAUCAGCCCCGCCUCCGUGGCUUUUGAGGAAUCUCGGAACACGCUGGCGUACGCCGACCGUGCCAAGAGUAUUCGAACGCGGGUGAAGAGGAACCUGAUAAAUGUGACGUACCACAUCGCUCAGUACACCAACAUCAUCUCAGACCUGCGCUGCGAGAUCCAGCGGCUGAAGAAAAAGAUCGCAGAUCAGGCGAGUCGCCAGGUCAACUCGGACCGGGCCGACAUCCGCAACGUCCAGGCCGAAGUCCAGGCCCACUCCAGCCAAAGUCGGGCGGAGAUGGACCAGCUGAGGGAGCAUCUGCUGGACGCCUUCCGCCAGCAGAUGGAGAUCAGGAAGAGCCUGAUGGAGCUGGAGAACGGCAACAUGGAGAUCCAGAUCGACACCUCCAAACACCUGCUGACCAUUGCAGACUGGGAGCAGGAGCGGAGUAGGCGCAGGAGGAAGUGGCGUGCAGAGAGGAGAAAGGAGAGUGUGAACAAGGAUGAGAGCGAGAAGGACUCCGACUCCCCGGAGUCUCCCCCCGACAGCUCCGAGACCCAGGAGGUGGCGGUCGCCCGGGAAAAUCUGGUCACGCUCAUGGCUGAACAGAAACGGAUUCACAAACAGAAGGCGUUGCUUGAGCGCAGGUUCCUGGAGCUGCGAGAUCGCGCCCGCCGCCUGGAGGAGCUGCUGCCGCGGCGCGUGAGCUCCGAGGAGCAGCGCGAGGUCCUGGGCCUCCUCUGCAAGGUCCACGAGCUGGAGAUCGGCAACGCGGAGAUGCAUUCCCACGCGCUGCUCAAGGACAACGUCAUCCGACAGAAGAACUUCGUGGUGCAGCGCUUCGAGCAGCACAGGCACCUGUGUGACGAGAUCAUCCAGCAGCAGAGACAGUUCAUCGACGCCCACAGUCUGCUGGUUCCCCCUCACCUCCAGGAGCUGUACGACGUUUACAUGAGGGAACUGGACGAGAGGAAGCUGGACAGAGCCAUGGCCCUGGAUAAGGUGACCACCAGACACACCAUCAAGGAGGGCUCUCUACCCAAGAUCACCCUGCCCAGUCAGGGGCGCGACAACAUGCAGGACAUGGACUCGGACCAGGAGAGUGUGCGCAACAUGUGCGCCGACAACAGACAAGGCCAGGCCAAAAUUCGUAGGCACACCUUGCCACCCAUUCUGCCUGAGCCUGAGCUGGACAACAACAGAGUUUUCAAGAGCAGCCCUCACGCCAGGCAGAUGAAGAACUCCGCUGUAAUGACGCCGCCUCCCAUCCACAUCAACGGAAAGGGCAACAGAGAGCUGCAGCCGCUGGCUCCUGAGAGCUCGCUGAGCUACAGCCACCUCAGCCACAGCGUCAGCAGCCACCUGGACUCGUCGCCCGAGAGCAGCGAGGCCGGUGCCGAUAUCCCCCUGUCACGAACUGAGCGGCAGCAGAUCCUUAAGGGCGUCCAGAGCAUCGUCGUGAAAGCGGCCCGUCGGCGCUCCAAAGCCCUGGAGGUGGAGGCCCUGCGGUUGCCCCCUCCUCCGUCUCCCCUGGACGCCAAGAAGCAGAAGAGCAGCCUCUCUUUGAGCGAGGCGCCGCCCAGAGGUUUGCCAAUGCGGCGCGGCAGGCAGCCCAGCCCCGAGCUCAGACACGCCACCUCGGACGACAAUCUGUCCAGCAGCACCGGGGAGGGGCCCGGCCUGCAGGUGACCUGGACGCGCCCGCGCCACCGCCAGGUCGCCGCCAAGAACCAGACGCCCAGAGAUGUGGACUUUGAGGCUCGCCGCAAGAAGAGGCGCUCGCGCUCUUUCGAGGUCACCGGACAAGCACUCCCUCAAACCAAGACAACCACGGCUCAGAGGUUCCGCCCCCUGGACAGCACAUCAGACCCUCAUCUCCACAUCAACGGUCAGACCCAGGCCCCAGUUCUGCGUCCCCAGUACAGAGGGGUCCCUCCUCUCGCCAAAGUCAGGGCUCCCCCCAACGGCCAGCAAACAGGCUCGAAUGCAGAGUCCUCCUCCGGCCACAUGAAUAACCUGAAGCGGGGGCCCCAGCUGCGGCAGCCCCAUCCCCUCCUCUAUAUCACCACCACAGGCACCGGGGGCCAGCGCCUGCGCAGACACUGAACCACCGCCCGGGUUCAAACCAAACACACCAGCACUUACAACCAAACCAGCUGAUCCUGGGGGGGGGGGGCGCCGAGCACACACACCCUCCCUCAGGCCGAUUAAAAAUGAACGCUACACGCCUCAGUGACCGACACCGGGCAAGACUGCGAGACAAUUUGAUGGAGACUACCCAGAGGUUCGCUCCACACAGGUCUCCUCUGUGCUUCACUGUGGACACUGAGCGAUGGCGCUGACGGGCGACGACACAUACAAAUCUACAGAUUGCUUUGUUCCGUUCCGUUCCGUCCAGUGUUUCCACUUUUCGCUCACUGUCGUGCCGCGUCGCUUGCGUUACCUUCGAGUCAGGACGAGCGCCGAGCUCAUGAUGAAUGCAGCACUGUGCUAAUGUUCGUGCAUUAUGAUGAUAAACAGUUUGGCCCGGAAGCAGAGAACGUCAAGCUGAUGAGGGAUGUUUAUGAAGCUAAAUUAUAACGGUAAUGAUGCAAAUGAGUAUCGAGGGAAAACACAGGCUUUAUUAGAAGAAAAAAAAACUUGCACUGGCAUGUAAAAACUGUAUAAUGAGCAGAGGCCGACUGUUGGAAUGUUUCAGUAUCAAUGUUUCUUGUAGUGCAGUUGUUUUCAUUUUUAUGACACUCUGAUAUUUGAUUAAAAAAAACACAUCUUGCUUGUUGUGUCUCUUCUGGAUUUUACUCCCACGUGCCCCCCUGGGGUCGACGCCUUCUCUCACCCACACUUGACUGAACGUCCCUGCUUGUUUGUGUGUAGAAAAAACUUGUUUGUAAAAAAAAACUGUUUAGUACCACAAGAUGCUUUUUCCAGAUUAGCUGGCUGUAAUUUUUAAUGAAUUAUAUAACUGUUGCCUUUUCUUUUUAUGUUGCCGUCAUUGACUUUGUUUUCAUAUUUACUACUUUCUAUGAUUUAUUUUGUACAAUUUUUUUUAAUUUG